ACCCAACAAAAUCAAACUUUUUACUCGAAUUCUAAUGCCCAUGCGCUAUGCCCAUUGACACCCCUUUUCUUUCUUUUCUGUUCUUUCAACCUCUAUGCCCAUGCCCUGUAGAAUGCCUAUCGAAUUCGUCCUCAUCAGCAUGGGCCUGGUCCUCAAGAGAUAACUACUUUUCUUUCUUUCUCCUACAAGUUGUAAAUUGUUUAAUUGUCUUUUGCAUUUUUUUUCCUCUAAAAGGCUUCAUCGUAGCGUCCGCAACUGGCAACCAACGCUUUUCGAAGCAUUGCUUUUGCCAUUUGCUCAAAGAAAUCAGCAACGGCCAAGAAGUUAGCCAAAAAAUCAAAAUGCGAGCUCUGCUUACUCCAGAACCUUCUCUUUCUUUCUCGUCAAUCGGCACCAACUCUCGCAAUCCCAAUCCAUCCCGAACUCGAACCUCGCUUCAUUUCUUUACGAGAGAUGGCGGCCACCGUUUGAUUGGACGAAAAUCGCGUUUGACCGCUACGAGAGCUGUGUUGGACUCCGCAACUAUGGAGCAGUUAGGGCUUAAAGAGUCCGAUAUUAGAAACCCGGCGAUUUCUUCCACGUAUCGGAACUCGAAGUUGCCGAAGCCAAAUCAGACCGUGCUGGAAGCUCAAGCUAGGGUUUGCACUGGACCCACGCAGACCAGACCGCUCUCCGAGGAACAGGCUUUUAAGGUUUUGGACACCAUUUUAAGAUCAGUGAGGGGACAACUAAAAGAUGAAGAACAAGUCUCAAAAGCACAACUUGGAGCAUUCUUUGCUGGAAUGACGAUCCGUGCAAAUGCCUUUCCUGAAGCGACCCAAUGGAGUGAAGGAGAAAGCCGUGCACUGAACUUAUUUUGGCCGCUUCUAGCACGGGAACUACCAGCUGAUGUGAUCUUCAUUGCUGAUCCUGAAGGGUCCUUAUUGGGAUCAGGAAGUUCAAUAGGGCCUCAGUUUGUUGGGAAUGGCACAAGUGAAAUGAGAUUGGUUGGUGCACUUAGAGAAAUUUUGGCGGGAGGCCACCUUGGAUACGAGGAAAUCCAAGGUGUUCUGAGAGAUGUUCUUCCAUUGACAUUGGAAGAUGGAAAAUCCACUGGAGUAAGUGAAUCAUUGCUUUCGGCAUUCUUAAUUGGUCAACGUAUGAACAGGGAAACAGACCGUGAACUUAAAGCAUACUGCCUUGCAUUUGAUGAUGAACUUGGUAUUCCUCCAGUUGCUGAUGUUAGAUCACUGACCCAUUAUGGUGAACCUUAUGAUGGAAACACACGUUAUUUUAGGAGCACAUUGUUUGUUGCCGCCGUUAGAUCCUGUUACAGUGAAUCUUCCUUGCUUCAUGGUGUGGAAUGGAUGCCACCAAAGGGGGGUGUAACUGAAGAACAAAUGCUGAAGUUUAUGGGAGCAAACACUAACUUAUCCUUGCAUCAAGCGAAAGAACUUAUUGAGGAUGAAGAGGUUGGUUUUGCCUACAUGAGUCAACGUGAAGCUCGUCCAUCUCUAUAUUCAUUGAUUGGAUUGAGAGAGCAAAUAAAGAAACGCCCACCACUGGCAACAACUGAAAAGGUUCAGCAAUUUAUUAGGGCAAAGGGGAGGGAAUCAAUUGUUGCUGGAUUUUAUCAUGAAGGUUAUGAGGAGCCCUUGCUAAUGCUUAUGAAAAGAAGAGGUGUACAUUCUGGUUUGGUAGUGAAGGGAGAAGAAGGUGCCCUCUCAAUGACAACUAGGUUGCGAUCGGCAAACACAUCAAAAGGACUUCCUGUGAACUAUUGUUCAGGUUUUCGUUCAGUAGGCAUGGAAUCAGCUUGUGAAGUGGAUGGUGUAUCACGGCAGAGUUUCAGGCUUGAGGUUAAUGCUAUGGACUAUGGUUUUGAACCAACUGAUACUCCAAGAACUGAUAGAUCGGUAUCAAAGAAUAUAGAGUUGGGUCUGGCAGCUCUGCAGGGCCAAAAAGGGCCAGCAUAUGAUCGAAUUGUUUUAAAUGCCGGAAUUGUGGAUCAUUUACUAGGAUGUGAUGGUGCAGAAGAUGUAUCCUUAGCUCUUGAUAGAGCCAGAGAAGCCAUUGACAGUGGUAAGGCGCUUAAGAGGCUCCUACAUUACAUAAAGAUGUCGCACAAGGGAAAAUGAAUCAGUAUGAAGAAUGAAACAGUUCUUGCCUCCUUUCAAUUCUUGUAGAUCAGUGUUGUAAAAUUAAUAAAAGUUGUUAAAAGAGGAAAAGAUAGAAAGGGGAAUCUUACAGAUUUUCUUUUUUGGGUUUUCGUUUUUAAUAGCAAUAAAGUUUUUUCCUGUGUAAAAUUUUUGUAUUAGUCUGUCAAUUUUGGUUCUUGAGAAGUAAAUGCCUUAUUGUUUUUCUUUAA